AUGGAACCCAACGAAGCCAAAGUGGGUCAGAUUCCAAUUCCUGUAUAACUUCCCCCAUCGUUUUAAGUGCGUGUGCACAUGUUUGUGUGUGUCACCGUCUCGUCUCAGCUCAGAGAGUCAGGCUCUGACACUUUGUUGUUUCAUUUUCAUUGUUUUUAUGCAUUAAACAACCGUGUUAUAAGCCUGAUAUCGAUGAUACCCCCUUGCACCCUUUUCUCUGUUUCCUGCAAAUUUUCAGCACAUCCCAUGUUCGGUACAGACAAUUUUCAAGACCCUUCUCCAUAUUUUCUUCCAGAAAAGUGCCUUUUACCCUUCCGUAUUUUCUGUUUUGGCUCUCUAGACUAGAGUCUAUAAGACUACAUGCCCGGCCAAAAAUUUUCCCGCACAUUCGUUCAUCUAUAAUUUUGCAAAGAAGAGAGUUCAAUUUUUAAUAUCAGUCUGAGUACUUUUCUCCUCUGGGUUGUUGAGUACCUUUGUUCUCCAUCCCCCAAGCUGUAGACAACUAUUACUACCCAUUGUUGGAACCCAAAUAUUUAAUUUCUGUGUAUUGGGUUCUAUCAUUAAGGGUUUUUUUUUUCGGUUUUUGUACAAAAAGUUCAGACCUUCCAAAUCUACAUCUCCAAACCUUUAAGGGCGUGAGGUUUUUUUCAAUUUUCCAUGGUAAACACUGUUUGUGAAACGGAUUUCAUCUGGGUCUGAAGUAUAAUCCCAGUUUGCCUACUCUGCAAGCCGUCAAAGUCCACUGAUUUGAUUCCUUGUCUCAAACCAGGGUAUUGAGAGAGAUGUUGAAGGUAUCUAAAGUAUAACAAUUUCUGCAAGGGUUUUCAGUCUAAUGCAAAUUGAAGGCCCCGAACAUGGCCAAUCUUGUUCCCGGUGUCCUCCUCAGGCUUCUGCAGCACAUGAACACAGAUAUAAAGGUUGCCGGAGAGCACAGGUCGUUGCUACUGCAAGUUGUGAGCAUUGUUCCGGCGCUUGCAGGCGGUGAGUUGUUCCCAAACAAAGGCUUUUACCUCAAGGUUUCGGAUUCCUCUCAUGCCACUUAUGUAUCUCUCCCUGAUGAGCAUGAUGAUCUGAUUCUUAGUGACAAGAUCCAACUGGGUCAGUUUAUUCACGUUGACCGCCUCCAAGCCGCCUCACCUGUCCCGAUUCUUCGCGGGGUUAGGCCGGUUCCAGGGCGCCACCCUUGUGUGGGCAGCCCUGAAGAUAUUGUUGCGACUCACUCAUUGGGAUUUCUGAAUAAUAAUUCAUCUCCAGGCUUGAAAUCUGAGAAAGUGAAAUCAGCUAAGAAAAUCUUGCGGAAUAACCAUGUUGGGGAAAAGGAGAAAGUGAGAUUGAAUAGUAGUGUCAAAGAGGAGAAAUCGGAUAAGAAAAUUGGAUCUUUUGCAAAAUCAAAGUCACAACCAACGAAACCAGCUUUGAGUUUGGAUGUAAAGAAGGAAUCUUUGGCGAGAUUGAAGUCGCUUAAUUCACGGUCUAUUCCUUCGUCUCCUACAAGUUGUUAUUCGUUGCCGACGUCUUUUGAGAAGUUUGCCACCGGGGUCAAGCAGCAGGCAGAGAUUAAGAGAGCUAAGUUGGGAGUGGUGGAAAAGGUGAAUGCUUUGCGCACGGCGAGUCCCCUUCCCUCUGGAAGGAAGGUGUCCAUUGGAAACCCGAUUAAAACUUUUGUCCAAGGAAUUGAGCUGGGGGCCAAGGCUCUGAGGAAGAGCUGGGAUGGGAAUAUGGAAGUGAAAAGUAGAGAUAGUUCCAAACUGAGGGCCACCAAACAUGAUCUGAAGCCUGACGUACGGAGUUCUACUCCUAGAUUAAGCACGUCAUCAAGGAUAAGUACAUCAUCAAGAAUAAGCACAUCAAGCGACAGAUUACCGCCUAAAGAGGAGAAUACGGUCCAGUCAUCUGGUAGGUUAUCUAAAGGAGAGGUUAGGGUUCAAAUGUCUCCAAAAAAGGUUUCUGCGACUUUGGGGGAUCAAGAAAAAGUAAGCAAGCAAACUUCUGCUGGAAAGAAGUCAUCAGAAGUUUCCAGUAAUGGACUGCCAGGAAACAUGGUUAAGGUUUCCCUAAGUAGUAGAAGAUUGAUGGAUGGAAGUGCUUCAUGGGCUUCACUCCCUUCUUGUCUUGCAAAGCUCGGAAAGGAAGUUAUGAAGAACAGAGAUGCUGCACAGCUGGCAGCAAUAGAGGCUAUACAAGAGGCUUCUGCUGCAGAGAACUUACUUCAAUGUCUUAGCAUAUAUUCUGAGUUAAGUACCUCUGCUAAGGAAGAUAACCCUCAGCCGGCAGUUGAACAGUUCUUGACUCUUCAUGCAAGCUUAAAUAAUGCUUGCAUGGUUGCUGAUUCCCUAUCAAAAUUUCGUUCUGGGGGUGCAUCCCCAGAUCAUGAAGAAAACCUGUCAGAAGAAGCACUAAAGUUGAUAUCCAACAGGCGAAAACAUGCAGCUUCAUGGGUCGAAGCUGCAUUGGCAACCAAUCUGUCACUCUUUUCAGUUUUUAGCAAAGACCCUACCUUGACUCGAGAUGCAGCUCCAACUCCCACUCAAAGUCAAAAGGCCAUUCCAGUAAAUCAACCAGUAUUAGUACUAGAAAAUUCUACCAAGAAUACCUCAGCAAAAAGCCAAGGCAAAGCCCGCCAAGCCAUCGGUUCUAAGUUUGCCCAAGGAACUCCUCGCCGGCUAGGGGAUGUGUCAUCCAUAAGCCAGAAGCUGCAGGCCCAACCUCCACCAGAGUGGGUUAGAGGAAUUGGCAUUGAAGAGGCAGUUGACUUGGCUGAAAUGUUGCAACUGCAGUCCAAGGAUUGGUUUUUGGGAUACGUGGAGAGGUUCUUGGAUGCUGAUGUGGACACAUCAGCCUUAUCAGAUAAUGGUCAAAUAGCAGGGAUGUUGACUCAGCUCAAGAGUGUGAAUGACUGGCUGGACAAGAUUGGAUCAAGCAAGGAUGGAGGAGAAUCACCCCAUAUUUCGGCUGAGACAAUUGACAGGUUGAGAAAGAAGAUCUACGAGUACCUCCUUACCCAUGUUGAAUCAGCUGCUGCUGCACUUGGUGGUGGUUCACAAUUGUCACCACUAUUCCAAACACAAGAAACCAAAGUUAGAAGGUGACAUAGUUUUAGCUUAAACACAAAAGUGGUGUUUGCAUUUCACUGUGGUACAACCCCAUGGCAUCCUAGUUCAGUAUAUUUGUUCGUGUAAAUAUAUCCUACAUGGGUUUUGGGUAUAUAUGGGGUAAUUAGUUUUUAACAGGAAAAAGAAUUUGAAGAGGAGCAUGGAUUCUUUUGUUUUUUGUUUUCGUUUGUUGGGUUUUGUUCGAUGAAACAAUACAAGAUUGAAGCUAUCCAGAAAAAGUUAUCUU